AUGUACCAUACCCAUAUGCGUGGAAUCCCAACCCUCGUAACUUCAGCAGUAAAUGUUUCUGAUACUGUUUCUGCCUACGAGAGGAUUGCUAGGAGAAAUGAUGACGAUUCAUCAUCUUCCUCUGUAUCCAGCACGAAAAAUAGUAAGUCAGCCAAGUGUACAGGCUCCAAACAAGAAUGUCAACUGCCUACAAAUUCCAGUCACAGCACUAGUGUGACUGUUGGUGUGGCCGUUGCGGUACCCGUAGCUGUCAUUAUAAUCGUGCUGGCCGUGGUUCUGUACGUUGUUUAUAAGAGAAGUAAAAGGGAAGCUGAGGAGGAUAACGAUCCAGAUUUCGAAGGUGACUCUGAAUAUUUACCCGCAAUGCACCAAUAUCCAUCAGAACUGAAUCAUCCGUACUCCAGUGACUCUCAAGACUUCGUGGAAAAAGCUUUUCAACAGCCUCCUUCGGACCCAUUUGCUAAUAGCAUGGAUGGAAGCAGAUAUAAUAUGAAAAGUGCUACUCCACCUGGAAAUACCGGACGUUGGUACGUAGAUCCGUUCCAACUUCCACAGGAAACGAGUGAUUCUAACAGUCUGAGGGAUUUUGCCAUGAGAGUACAAAGCGAUGGAUUUGGAGGGUAUAAAGUGGCUGCAAAUUCCAGAAAUGCUAGUUCAUUGUCUUUACAUCCUGAUAACUUUUCGAAUCACACGGCAAUAAGAGCGUGUUYGAGGUUUCAAGAAAGCGAAAGCUCGGAAUCCUACUCCAGUCCCAUCGAUAAUAGUCACAUUUCAAAUGGCUUUGCUACUGAAGAUGCAUACAGGCAACCAGCAUUUCUUGAUAAAGAGAGUAGUUUAGCUACAGUAAGCAAAGAGACUAAAGUUUCGAACAAGUUAGAUGAAUCGCCCAAUAACGACGCAUUCGAGUUUGAAUUUGAUAACGAACUAGGGAACCCUCAAAGAAAGAGCAUGCAGGUUGGUAUGAAUGAUAACUACGAACUCCAGGAUAUCAAAGAUCCUGAACAUGUGGAUGUCAGUAGCUCUAACAAAGGCGAAAACGAUGACUAUUAUGUGUCACGCUUAUCAGCUAAUGAGGAAGAAGAUAUACAAAGAAUGAAAAGUAUUUAUCAAGUUUAUUUGGAUAGAACCAAAACAGUAAAAGACGAACAAGAGAGACAGCAACAACAGAGUGUGAAUGUCUUGACAAGAGGUGAACCUUGCAUGGACAGUGCGGGUCAAAAUCCACUACCUUCUAUCCAGAUUGGCAACGAAGAUCCUACUGAUGUGCCAGAGGCUGACCAGUACCAAGAACAAUACCCAGUACAAAAUGCACUUGCUGUAAAUGAUGUAAAUUCAAAUGCGCAUGGCCUAGAAACAGCUCAACACCAAGACCAAUACUUAACACAUGACACCCUCGCCGUAAAUGGUACAGAAGGAGCAGCUACUAAUAGAAUUGCUUCCUCCAUUUAUUCUAUGGCAAUCCAGCCAGUAAAUGAUGAAGUACAAUAUCAACAACAGCAACAAUCGCCAAUAUAUGGUGACUUCCAGCAACAACCACAACAAGGAUACCCCAUGCAAGCAACGCAGAACCAACAGUGGUACGGUGCCCCAGUUCCUCAGCAACAACAAUAUAAUCAUCCCCAAACGCUAGAAACUAUUGGGGAAUUACCCACGCCUGCAUAUCUAGCUCAAUCAGCUUCCUCUCACUCUUUAACAUCUUUCAAGGGACCAAACAAACAACAACUUCUUCAAUUGCAAACUGCUCGGUUGAAUGGUACCGCGUUAAAUCCCGUAGAUCAUCCAGGAAUGUUUUACUCACCCGCGAAUGAUACCUAUUACGCUCCACAACAGCAGGGUCAAUUCACAAAAACCAAUGAAAGCGGAGCUGUUCCCUCGCCAUAUCAAUUAAGACAAAGUGUGGUGAUGACUAAUCCUUCAGAUUUAACGGCAAAACCAUCAUACAAACCAGCUGGCUCUUUCAGAAGCGUAAGCGCCACAAAUUCAAGAAAUAACAGUCUAACCACACAAAAUAACUCGUAUCAGUAUCUCCAGCAGCAGCAGCAGCAGCAGCAUUACAACUCUCGUGUUAGUGGGAUAUUAGAAGAAACCGAUGUUGUACAACCCCCAAGUGUUGGCGGUAUUUUACCACAUAGUGGUUCACAGGACGAUUUAAGAAGACAAUUAGGUUCUUCUCAUAAUUACGCAAUCAAUUGA